UUUAGUUUUAUGACCACUCACAUUUUGUUACCUAAAUUACUGAGAUACAAAUAUUAUAAACAGAUUGAUGCUACUUUGAAAAAUUGUCAGUAAUAACACAAAGCAACCACACAGUAUUUACGAUUUCGUUGUAAUUUGAAGACAUUCAAUUUUUUGGCUUAUUUAGUCUUAGCUGGAUUACAUUCUUGUCUUUUGUCACAUAUAAAUGCAGAGUUAUGGGAUUUUUACUCCUCUAGAAACACCUUGCUUAAUGCAUUUAUUAUAAAUGCUAUAAUGGACGACAUGAGUAAACAAUCUGAUUUCAAGCUAUCGGUUCAGGGGAGUAGUAUCAGGAAUUAUGGCUCUCAGCCCAGGUAUAUGUUGUCCGUUAAUCGCCUCCCCAAACAUACUGAUUCUCCUCCUCCUUACUAUAGAUCAGCCAUUAGCUUGGGACCUAAAUCAGGUUCCACAUUAUGGAAUAGCACCACAUCAAGUCUCGGUGGCAAUGUAAAUGACAGAUCAAGUGACUUGAAUGGUCGCUUUUCAAAACUUGAUCUAAAUGAAAGCACUAAUUCAAGUAAAAAGUUGUGCAACGGUUAUCACACUGAUUAUUGCUCGACCAAAAAUCUCCAGUCUAUAGAUCGACGGGAAUUCUCGGAAAUCAAUAACACUUAUAGCAGCAGGAAUUCUGUACGUUGUUUGGACUCUCCAGUAGCUAAUCCUCCUCGUGCACCAAUCAGUCUUCCAGUAAACUCUCAUCACUCAUAUCACAGAGGUGGACUUGUGGGCCUUAACAAUCUUGGAAACACUUGUUUUAUGAAUUCGAUUCUUCAAUGUUUAAGUAAUACAGCUCCGCUUACCGAGUAUUGCUUGGAAGAUCGAUUUCUCAAAGACAUCAAUAAAUCAAGUUCCAUGAAUGGGAUGUUAUUUCAUUCAUAUGCUGAUUUAAUGAAAGAAAUUUGGGAUCCUGAUUUGGCUAAUUCUUCCACCAGUCCAAGUCGAUUUAAAAGUCAAAUUCAACGAUUCGCUCCUCGCUUUAUGGGAUAUUCUCAACAGGAUUCACAAGAAUUCUUACGAUAUGUAUUGGAAGGUCUUCAUAUGGAAGUUAAUCGUGUUCAAAAGCGUCCAAAUCCCAUUAAGCCAAAUUAUGAAGCGGAAGAUUGUCUCCCAGACAAUGAAAAGGCUAAUUUAUAUUGGAAACGAUAUUUAUCUAUGGACAAUAGCGAAAUCGUAGAUCUAUUUGUUGGACAAUUAAUGAGUACACUUGAAUGUGGUGAAUGUUCAUUCAAAUCAACUACAUUUGAUCCAUUUUGGGAUUUAAGUUUACCAAUACCGAAAAAAUCAAACGUCAGCAUAUUGGAUUGUUUAAAUUUAUUCACAUCUAAAGAAGAACUAGAUGGUAAUGAAAGACCCAUUUGUAGUCGAUGUAAAACUCGAAGAAGAUGUACCAAAAGUUUUUCCAUUCAGAAAUUCCCACAAAUUCUUGUACUUCAUUUGAAACGUUUCUCUGGUGAACGUUUUCGUUCGAAAAUGUCGGUUAUGGUUGAUUAUCCUUUAAGAAAUUUAGAUCUCAUUGGAUUUUCUACUUCAAGUUGCACUCAGAAAUCAGCCCAAUAUAAAUUAUACGCAGUUUCAAAUCACAGUGGAAGUGUUUAUACCGGACACUACACUGCAUCUUGUUUAAAUCCUUAUACAGGUGAUUGGCACUCAUUUAAUGACAGUCAUGUACAUGCAAUCUCAGAGAACUCAGUUGUUUCUGCUGAAGGUUAUGUACUUUUCUAUACACUUAUUCAAUGAAUUAUUUAUUCACUAAAUUGGUUUUCUUUCUUUCUUUCUUUUUUCUCUUUUUUGUUUGUUCUUUAUUUUUUAUUCAUUUUUGGUUUGUGUAUGAUGAAGUUUUCAAAUUGAAGAAUUUUUAUUUCAACUAAUAGUAAUAAAACUUAUUUCAUAUAUAGAGAUAUACACUUGAAUGUAGAUUGUAUUAUAGUGCCUAAUGUAAUUGUUUUCAAGUUUUCAAUUGAUCUCUUAUUACAUAUAGACAUUUAGUGAUUAGUAUUAUUAUUAUUAUUAUCUUAAUGUGGUUAUGUUCUGAUUGUUAUUGUGCAUAAUAAGACUCAAUUUAAUAUGAAUAUUUGAGUUCACUAUUGUUUGGGCUUUCAUGAAUGGAAAACAGCUAUACAUAUAUAUAUCUAUGUAUAAAGAGAGAAUGAAUCAAAUGAAGCAAUGAUUAAUGAUAUGUAAUUGUAAACUAAUUAAAUUAAUUGGGACCUUAGUAGUAUAUAUAUAACUUCCUCUUUCUAAGUGAUUAACAUACCAGUAUAUUGUAAAUUGUUGUGUAUUAUUGUUCCUAUUUAAGCAUCCAUGGACCAUAUACAAUACUGAUAUAUGUAUAUAUAUAUCAUUGUACUUUCUUUUUAAUAUAAUGUGAUUCACUACUACUCUAUUGCUACUCUACACUUACUAACACUAAUAAAACUGCUUAAUUUUUCGAAUUAAGGCUGUGAUGUUUAUUAUAUUUUCAUUGUAAAAAAAGAAAAGAAAAGAAAAGAACAAUCUAUAUCACCUUUUUAUUACUAUAUAGAUUAGAUUACAACUAACAAUUGUAUUCUAUAAGAAUACUAUAUGACAAACAAACAGAUAAAGAUCAUAUUUACCUUUACCUUUAAACAAGAGAGAUAUUCAUAUUUCUUUUUAAGGAUUCGCGUAAAAACUGCUUCUGUAUUAUUAUUAUUAUUAUUAUUAUUAUUAUUAUUAUUAUUAUUAGUUUAUUGAUUUAAUAAACAAUAAUAAUAACGGUAAUAGCUCAAUUCUUGAAUGAAUUUACUUCUCCUUUUCACACUGUAUGUCUUCAACAUUCAAUUGAUUGUACCAUCUAUUCUUGUUCAGAGAAAAGAUAGUGCAUGGAAUUACAGUAUUACACAAUAAAACAUUACAGAUUUUCAAGUGUAUACAUUCAUCAGUAUAUAUAUAUAUAUGUAAUAAAUAAAUGUAAUUUCUUAUUACUUAUAUAUUUUCAAGUGAAUAAAUGAUUUAUUUUGUUCAUAAAUUCAUCAAUUGUUAUAUCUUCUGCAUUGUGUCCCUAAUCAUGUAUAACGUGAUGAUACCGCCGCCAAUUAGAGAACAAUGAUUUAUCGAUCGGACCAAUGACGCGUAAAACCUUUACGAACAGUCUAGAGUCCUUAUCAGGACUGUUUCCUGCUUAGCUUUGCCUGUUAAGUCCAGAACACUAAUCUCAGCCUCCACCAUAUCAAUCAUGUAUUUCAAACAUACUGGGUUUAUAUACAAAACCAAACAGACUACAUCUUACCAUAAAAUAGAAAAUAACAUUUGUACAAGAUUUAGCCAAAUGUGAUCGUGAAUGAGGGAGAUAGUAAUUGAUAGACAGAGCAUAAUUCAAGAAUGGUAUAAUAAUAGUUCUGAAGUCAAAAUAAGGCUCACAAUAAGAGGAACACGAAUAUGAAUAGUUUAGUUACAUAACAAUUAUACGAUAAAAAUAUACGUAUAGUAUUGGUCCAUAAAUGGAUCCCAAAAGUUACUAUUAAUUAUUCUCAUCGGGAUAUAACAUUACUUAUUUGUUAUUUUAUCAUUGUAAAGAAGUUCUUGUUACAGAUAAUGUUAUUAUGAAGUUGUGUGAUCAACGAAACUAAUUGUAAUCUACUAGUAUUUGACCACAGACGCCUUAAAAAUAUUGCUGGCGUCUUCUGGGAUCACCGGGUAAUUAAUAGUGAGGUUAGACGCAGAGUAUUAGGGAGUGAUGGUAAAUCAGUUGAUGAGGUUGUGAAUCUUCAUCGACUGAGAUGGUUGGGUCACGUGUUACGUAUGCCUGGACACCGAUUACUACGGCGUGCAAUGCUAUCCGGUGUUGGAGAUGGUUGGAAGAAAGUUAGGGGCGGCCAAACCAAGACGUGACAUCAGUGCUUAAAGUCACCAACUUCUGCUUCGUGCCAGAAUCGAUCACAAUGGCGUCGGUGUAUACACUCUCUGUCUUCCCUUAAACCGUGAGAUUAAAAUCACCAUAUCUUUCUUUCUACGAACUAAUUCUUUCUUCGUGUACUAUAUCCUUAUUGCAAUCUUUCUUUCAUACAUUACCACUUCUGAAUUAACUACUUUUAUGAAUCCGGUGUUCAUCUUGUUGUGUUAAUGAGGUAUGGCAACUUGGACCGAUGCAUAUAUGUGCCUAGUCCUACGUUGUAGCUGACUAACUGAUUGUAAAUAUAUGUUGAUUCUAAUACUUCAGUACUGGAAAUAGAUUAUAAUUAUGUGAACUCUUUAGAUACGUGUUGAUAUUCUUAUCAAGAAUCGAAUCCGUUACUAAUAGAUUCAGAUGACGCGUACUAUAGAUUAACGCAAUGAGUUAUGAUUGUCAGAUUAUAUAUAUAUACUUGUAAGGGGUCAUGUUUUCCCUUUGUUAAUAUUCACAAAUGUAUUUUACCUCUGUUUGCCCACCUUCACCAAUUGAUAGUGCAGUGCUAGCGCUAACGUGAGUUCAGAUUAUUUAGAUUUUUCGUCAAGAGAAAUCACUUUUAUGUAAUAGGGAUAACAGUGGUAACAUUUUUCUAUUUCAUAUUUCCAUAAUGACUUUUACAGUUGUCUGAUUGGUUAUUGUCACUUUUAGCUUGUAAUUUUUGUUACGUCUCAACGUCUACGCCAUUUUAUAAAACGUACGAAGUUUUUACAUUUUCAUUUCGAAUUUGUUAAGUAUCAAGUCCUUUUUGUUUAAGUCUUCCUGUCUUCUUCUUGGGUUAUGGGUAAUUGUCAUCUGCUCACUAGUAACUGAAUUCAAGAGAUACUCCUGGAGUUCUAGUGAGAAGCCGUUACCAGUGCAGUUCAACCAGGUCUGUUGUGAGAUAGUAACUCACUGAAGACAAUAGUGUACAGUGGCGCAACUUCGUGGAUUGGUUGAAAUUAGAUAUUAACACCACUAGAUGCUGGCCCAGUGGUCUAGUUGGUUAAGCGGCUGGCGCGAGACUGAUAGGUCGUAGGUUCGAAUCCCGCGGGGUCGUGGGUGCGCGCUGCUGAGGAGUCCCGUACUUGGACGAAACGGCCGUCCAGUGCUCCCAGGUUUUCCAUGGUGGUCUAGCUUCGAUUGACUGAUGAUUUCAACUAUUGAAAUUUCUAGAAUCCCCACAAAACCCCUUCUGAUAAAAAUGGUAAACGUUCGCAUCUGUUACGACAUAUAUACCUCGAAAUUUUGUUAUCUGCAAAUUGGAAAGGUCAUUUAAUGAAAGUCAGAAUGAUUUGGAGUAAAUUGUUCAGUCACAAUCAGUAGAAUAGUCAUUUAGCAAAAAUGAAAAUGCCAAAAUUUGUGUGAAUAAAAUGUAUAGUAGGAGAAUUUCAUCUUGUCAAUUGAGAUAAUAAUGAUAAUAGUAAUAGUAAUAACAUUGUUGUGUGAAUAUAAUAUGUAAUAAGAGGGGUGUUAUCAAGGUAAUUACGAUAAACGAAUUAGGAAUGAUGGAUGUGAAGUUUAAGAUGGAGGUAAUCAAAAUAUCAUAACAAUGAGGAAAAAAGGAAGUGGGUAAGAGGUUUAUAAUAUUCGGUUUAGAUAUCCAGUGAUCCAGUCUUAGGCCAAGGUAAACAUAGAGGCUGGAUAUACCUUUUCUGGAUACAUAAGUUUGGCUUUCUAUAGUUGAUUCAGAUGGCUUCAGCUAUGUAGAGUAACCGUAAUCUAGCUUCUUGAGGUAGAUAUUUUGGAACUUGAUAUAAAAUAGUGAAAGCUUCCUCUAUUUUGAUAUUAUAUUCACUAUCUACCAAGUUAGAAAGGAUAGUGCUAUUAAUCGAUUUAGUGAUUCCUUUUCCCAACCAUGCUGGUACAUGUUCACGAACACUCAAGAAUAAAGCCUUCUUUGUAAAAUAUCAUAAUUAUGAACUUAUAACUGUAGAGCUUGAUGAUGAAGUUAUUGUAAACAAUUGUUCGCUCAAAUAUUCUUCAUUUUUGAAUAUUCUAUGAGGAUUUUUAAGCUGCUAUAAAGAAGUGAAUAGGAAUUAACAGAGGGGAUUAUCAAAACGUUACAAUUUUCCGUGUAGUAAUAGUAAUAACAAUAAUAAGUAACCUUUUUAACUGAAAUUCCAUUGUCUUUGUAUACUCGAUAAAUUAUUCUUACGAAACUAGUUUUUUUUCUAGUUUGUUGAAAUGAACCAUAAUGUGUCUCACUUACAUACACCUGUUACUCCUCAUGAAGGAGCAUAGGCAGCCCACCAGCACUCUCCAUCUAACUUUGUCCUGGGCAAUCCUUUCCAGUUCAUCCUAGUUGUUAUUCAUCCUUUGUUUGUAAGUGUUUAUAAUUAAAAUAUUCAUUGCUGCUUACGAAAUAGAUGCAAAAACUAUCUGACUAUUUAUCUAUAUCAUACUAAAAAAAGAGAUUUAUAUGAAUUGGUAAUUCACUUAGAGUAUUUGAAAUGGAUUUUUUGUUUUACACUGUAUCUACUGAUGACAGUUACAUUAGUGUAGAUUUCACAACUUACAAUAAUGUCACAGUUGUUAACAUUGUAGAUGAUAGUUGUUUUGUGAGGGUUAUUUUGGUACAAAAACAAAAUAAAUUUUGUAACAAUUGUUCAACUUAACAACAAUUUGAAAGUCUUAACAUUUGGUUACUAGUAGUCAUCAAAGUUUUUUUUCUCAAUCAUUUUAUUUAUAGAAUAAUCAUUAGGUAGAAAACAUAAACCUUGCACUAUAUUGUAAAAGGACACUUGAGUAAACUAUCAAUGGAUGGAAGAACAUACUCAAAAUAUAUGUAAUGUUUACAUUGUGUGUUUCUAUUAAUAGGAGCGUUAUGUUAAGAGAAAAUUUGGUUAAGUAAUAUUACUCAAAGAGUAAUUAAAGAAAUUACAAUUUGUUGACAAGUUUUUUAUAAGCAUAACAUUGGGAUAUGACUGCAAAGCAUUUUAGAAUCGUUCUGAUUGACCUAUACAAUUAAUCGAGAUUGUUCAAAUAUAAAUGAAGUUUCAAUAUACUGGUAAGGUAUUAACUAUGGGGAUUAAUGAGGUUACAUGAAUGGGCUGUUUGAGUGUACUCAGGCAGUUAGUAUCAACGUAGAACUUUGUGCGUAUGUACAUCAGUUCGAGUUGCCACACCACAUUAGCACAGAGAUGUAGUGGUCGAUUCAAAUCCCGUAGUGGUAGAGGCGGUAAGAGUAUAAGCAGUAAUCGGGAAGACUAGUGUUUGAAGAUGUUAUUCAAGGAGUAUAAUCCAGUGAAAUAAAUUUGGAAAGAGAAAAAAAGGAGACAAGGAAGAUUCAGGAGAUUAGAAUUUGGGAGAACACAAGAAGUGAAUGUACCUGCGCCAUUGCAAACGAUUUUGAGCCAUCUCAUUCAAGGUCUCUAACCAUCGGUUGCUAUCAUCUCGCGGUUCCUAACCAGGUAGUCUACACAUACCAAUAUGGCUCAGUCCACUUGUUAGUGACUUCAUGGAUUUGUGCCAUAUUUUGGUCUGGCCGCCCCUAGCUUUCUUUCAACCUACUCCUACACCAUAAAACAUCGCACGUCGGUGCAAUCGGUGUUUGGGCAUACAUAACACGUAUCCCAGCCAUCUCAACUGAUGAAGUUUCACUACUUCAUCAAUUGAUUUUCCAUCCUUUUAUUUAUUUAUUUGAACACUUCCUUACCUAGUAUCCGUUUUCUAACAACUGCAUUAGUUACUCGGUGGUCCCAGGGUAUACGAGCAAUGCUUCGAAGACACCUAUGAUCGAAUACUAGUAACCUACGAAUGUCUUCUACUCUUACUGGCCAUGUUUCACUGCCAUAAAGUAGUUUGAGUGUACUAGUUAAAGUUAUAGAAAGAAAUUAAAGGCUUUUCGAUGUAAUCUUUUAAAAUAGUAUUGAAAACGUUAUGAAACACUAUAUGCAUUUAGACUAUAGUAAAUAAUAAAAUUUAAUUGUAUUUAUGAAACCGCUGUUAUUAAUUAGAAAAUAAAUAAUUCCUUAGUCUGUUACAUGUGAUAAAUCAGCAUCAUUUAGUGCUACAUUUCAAGAAGUUUAGUAACCCAGAAUUCAGAGAUCAAAAGAAGGUUUUGAUUAAUUUUAUAGAAAUCAUUAAAAAUAGAUCAUCUAGUACACGUUUAUACUUCGAUUUACUUCAUGACAAAAUAAAGUUCGUAAAUAGUACUCAUUAAGAAUUGACCUUGGUUGCCGUGCGAUUGUAAACUAGGGAGAACACGAUAGCUGUUUCAGCCCAUUAUAGGUUUCUUUAAUAAUUUACAAUGGUAUGUCGACUAAAGUUAUUCUGUUAGAAGUGCAAUCUAUA